AUGAUUCCUCAACCAUUAUCGAUGCGACAAGUAGUUUCUAUUAUUCUAUUUUGUUUAGUUAUAUUUAUUUUAAUUGUUUUAUUUUUACUUCAAUCUUCUCAAUGUUUAAAAUGUUCAUCAUAUUAUUUUCAAAAUAUAUCAUCAACAGCAAAGACAUUUUACAAAGUAAUAAAUAAUACAGAAGAUGAAAAACUAUCAAUUGAUCAUUAUUCCAUAUUGUGUCUUGAUAUGGGAUAUCGUUUUGAUAACGAACAAUAUUUACCUGAAUCACCUUUACUUAAAGUUCCAUCAAUUAAUUCAACAAGACUUUAUCGUUUGCCUUAUUGUUAUUCUCAAUGGAAAUCUUCUCCUAAUCUUUCUCGUAGUUUAACUUCAUGUGAACAUUCAUUAGUUAUGCGUUUAUUAAUGAUUAUUGAACGAAUAUGUCGAAAAAAUAAUAUAACAUUUAUGUUAAUGUAUGGAUCAUUAUUAGGUUCAUAUAGACAUCAUGAUAUAAUACCAUGGGAUGAUGAUAUUGAUAUAAUUAUACCUAUUGAAGAACAUCAACGUUUUAUUCAUAUUAUUAAUCAAAUGAAUAAAACAUUAGUACAACAUUAUGUUUUAUUAAAUGGAGCAGGAAAACUAAAAUAUUCUAAAGUCUUUUUUAAAAAUACUCCAUCAGCUGGAGGUUAUUCAUGGAAUUUUCCAUUUAUUGACAUUUUUUUCUAUAUUACAAAUGAAACACAUUUAUGGGAAACGACUAAUCCUGAUAAUAUUAUAAAAAAAGAAUAUAUUUUUCCAUUAAUAAUGAGACCAUUUGGAGAAUUAUGGUUACCUGCACCACGAAAACCUGAAAAAUUUUUUAAUUUUGAUCCAUAUGAUAAUUGCAUAGGACAUUUUUGGAAUCAUCGAUAUGAAAUAGGACAAGAACAACUUUCAACUAAAUGUAAUCAUCUUAAACAUAUUUAUCCCUUUGUUGAACGACAUAAUCAAUCAAAUUCAAUUGAAAUUUUAAGAACAAAUCAUACUAUUAUUCAUACUAUUUUUUAUAACUAA